GACAAAGCUGGGUGGGGACUCGCCGCUCGGGGCUGCUGCUGACCACCCUCCUCCUCCUCCUCCUCCUCCAGCGGCCGCAUCCCUCCUGCCCUCCCUCCUCCAUCCCUGCCUCCAUCCUUCCCUCCAUCCAUCCAUCCAUCCAUCCUUCCAUCCCAGCGUCCGUCCGUCCGUCCAUCCCUCUGUCCGCCCCGCGGGGACCGGGGCAUCGCCGCCCGCUUCCAGGCAGUGAAGGGCCAAGAGGAGCAAAGCUUCCCUUAGAGGCACAGAUCACCGGAGAGAUCGGCUUCUGCCCAUCCCAGUGGCUGAUCCCGCUGUUUUCCUGCCCUCAGCCCUCCCGGGAGCGCUCCUGGCCUGCCCAUGGCUAGCAACAACACUGCUAGCAUAGCACAAGCCCGCAAGCUGGUGGAGCAGCUGAAGAUGGAGGCCAACAUCGACAGGAUAAAGGUGUCCAAAGCAGCAGCAGACCUGAUGGCGUACUGCGAAGCCCACGCCAAGGAGGACCCUCUAUUGACCCCCGUCCCGGCCUCAGAAAACCCCUUUAGAGAGAAGAAGUUCUUCUGUGUGAUCUUGUAAUCCCUGGAGGAGCCUGACGGGCACUCAGGCCACCCUGAACACUGAUGUAGAGUUUUUUAGGAAUGGGGACGACCUGCUGGUCCGCAGAAUUUAAACAAAAAUAAGUUAAAAAAACACGGCCUGGAAAGCUACAGAGAUGUGCAUGUUUAAAGAACCUGGCCACCUUUGGGGGAAUCAGAUGAUCUGCAUUGCCAGGCAAAAGAUCUGAAGUCUGUAGAGUUGCCUAGAAAGACAAAAACAAACAAACCAACAAACAA